AUGGUGUUCAUCCCACCGGCAUCGGUGGCCGAACCCCACGCGCCCGAGAUCCCCAUCAACAUGGGCUGCCCUACUCCCUCAUCCCUUCGCCAUCCUUCCGCCUUGUUCACACCCCUUUCGGACACAAUAUUCCGAACUGGAACAACUGCGAACCUCAUGGUCAGCACUGUUAUGAUGGUCUUGAUUUGCUACAUAGUAAAGUAUGGCCUUUCAUGCUGCGCCGAGGAAUCGUGCUGUCAAGUGCGACAGAGAGGAUCCUUGUGCCAAUUGUCGAGCGGCCUCCGUGGAUUGUUUACGCAGACGGCCUAA